ACUAAGAAAAUGACUCCUUCAUAAUUCCAUUUUAGGAAAAGCCUUCAUCCAUCACGAUGAAAGACCUGCUACAGAUCACCCAGGAUGUAGCUCAAGGAUGCCGCUACUUGGAAUCCAGACGCUUCAUCCAUCGAGACAUUGCAGCCAGGAACAUCUUACUCACCACCAAGGAGUCUGGUAGAGCUGCAAAGAUUGCAGACUUUGGCAUGGCCAGGGAUAUUUACAGGGCUGAUUAUUAUCGCAAAGGAGGACAAGCUCUGCUCCCUGUGAAAUGGAUGCCUCCUGAAGCAUUCCAAGAUGGCAUCUUCACAUCGAAAACAGAUGUCUGGGCAUAUGGUGUGCUGCUAUGGGAGAUCAUCUCCUUAGGAUUCAUGCCGUAUCCUGGGAUGAGUAAUCAGGAGGUGAUCCAGUUUGUAUCAGCAGGAGAGAGGAUGAACCCACCAAGAAGCUGUCCCCAACCUGUAUUUAAUUUGAUGUCCCAGUGCUGGCGUCACAUCCCUGAAGAUCGACCACCAUUCACCACCAUCUUAGAAAGCAUCAAUUACUGCUUACAGGACCCAGAUGUUUUAGAAACACCACUUCCCAAGGUGCUGACUGAACGGAAGAAACAGCUGACAAUCAUGAGACCUCCAGACCCCAAGAGAUCCCCUGUCCUCAGAGUGGAAAGGGUCAUCAGGUCAUGCGAGCCUUCACCCUUCAGUAGCCAAAGGGUGUCGCCCCUCCAUCACACCCCAUCCCCAACACACCAGCCCACAUGGGUUGGGCAAACGGGGGAAGGGUCAUCCCAACAGGGGCUUCAUCAUCAGGAUGAAGGGAUUGAUAGAACUUACAAUGGGAAGAGGUUUCAGGACCAUUCACCUCUCAACUCAUCUUCGAUACUACUCACCAACAAAUCGUAUGGAUUCAGGAGUCUUGCAAGAGACAUUACAGGAGAUGCUAAAGACAGGACUUGCCAUAAUGGAGUAACUGAGAAUUCAUCACAAAUGAAUAACCUCAGUCCAACCAGGCAUGUUAAUGAAACAGAACAAUCGAGUGAGAUGUCGACUCUGCUUCACGUAGGGAGAAGCGGGUCUUCAAGAAGUGACUCUCUAAGCGAUAUCCCUGCAGGAAGCAAUCAGGAACCUGGAUGGUAUCCUGAUCCAACAUGUAAACCGAAGAGAUCUGCGAGCAUGCGCCACGGCGAGGCAUCCAGGGAGCACACCAAGUCUCCCUUGACACGAGGCCUCAGCUGGACCCAAAGGCCUCCUCAAUCACAAGACAAUCAAAACCCGCAAGAUACCAAUAUCCAUCGUUCCACAAGUCUUCCUGGUAUCCCGGUCAUCGUGACCACGCCCAACCCUAUGUCGAAGGACAACAUCGCAUUCAAAUUGCAGCUGAAGACCGCCACCAAUGGCAGCUUCUCUCGGGCUGGAAGCUUGAAGAAAAAAUUGAGCAAAAAGUUGUCGAGGGACUACCGUAAUACAGAUAGCGAACCGCUGGUAAGUGAAGAGAACAUUAUCAACAAACAAUCGCAGGAUACGUUUUUAUAGCGCUGGUUAAGAAGCAUUCUGUCAUUUCUUUUGCUUUUACCUGGAAUAUCUGAUGACUCCAAUUCACUCUGGAUGAUUACAGCAUUUGUUAUUUGACCUUUCUGCAAAGACAAUUUAAAUACGGAAAUGUUGAUAUCUGCUAUCAAAGUGCUGUAGAAAUAUAUUUGAAAUUGUUGAUACUCUGUACAUGUUGAUUAACCAUCAUAUGCUGCAUAUCUUAUUUACUCCUACUUAAUAUCCUUAAAUUAAGCUGAUACGUUGAGAUGUGCACAUUCAAUGAACAAAAUAAUGUAUGAUUUUAAAGCACAAAUUGAAAUAUAUGUAUGUUGCAAUAUUACAAAACACAGAAUUAUUAUUAUUCAUAUUAACUUUUUCUACUGUUUUAAUAGAUGAAUUUUUAAUGCUGAUACUUGUCUAUCUUGGAAUAUAUAUGCAAUAACAGAUAAUGAUAAAUCUUAUGUAUAUGUUGGAUUAUUUUAUAUUUAUAUGUAAAUGCUUCAGCCCUGUACGUGAUGUUGCAUUUGCAAGCUAAGAGGGAUAUGGCAAAUCUUGUGUAGACCAGUUUUAGGGGAUCCAGUUUGAUGGACUAUAUAAAUCAGGCGAUAAUACUUAAAAUAUUAUUUUCUUCAAUAAAGUCUUUCAAUGACCAAAUCUUUCAAAACAAUUUUUUAGUUUCGAUGAUCAGAAUUUUUUUUGUUAACACUAAUUUUCUAGCAACAUUUUGUGUGUGCGCGCCUUAAUAUGAUGUCAAUAAAAACAUUGUAUCGUUUGUAUAUUUUGAUGUAACUGAUCUCUUUGGAAUAUAAAUCAGAACUAUUACCCUGUCAGAAACAUUGAUCAAAUAUACCAUGCACUGAGAGGCUUCUGUCGAAAAUAUGGAUUCUCCAAGAUGACUGCCAUAUAGUACUACUUUCCAAGGGGGGUCAUUUUAAUGGUGCCUCAAAAAAAGGGCACAAUAUAUUUGAUUUACAUUUCUCAUCGAAAUAAGAAAAUAAAAGUGUGAACUUUAAA